AUGCGCAAGAUUGACCGACUUGAUAUCAAUCUCGCAAGCCUGACUGAGCAUCAAACACAGUACAAUUUUGACUCUUCCGAGAACCCCGUAACCAAAGAAGAUGAUACGAUACGCGCGGGCCGUCGUCCAGCCGUCUCUCGAUUCGAGGGCCUCGAUCACCGAGCCAGAGACAAUGGUACCAAGGGCCUGUCCAAUCAUGCCAAUAAGACUAUACCAGGAAAAAACCUCGCUACGCGCCGACACUGGGACCUGAUCAUCUCCGAUGUACGUUUGGUGAAACCAUACCUGGGACUUAUGACCCCAACAGUCGCCGCGGCGAGCAGCACCCAGAAGUUAUUGCUCAGUCCAAAAACAACGCCACUCAUCGUAAUUGCGAGAGCACCUAGACAUAGCACAUUGCGCCUUCCCAAUCGAUUGGCCGUGAAGAAACAGCGUCAGGAUCAGGGUUGUGACACUGUAGACGAAGAGACGGCUGAAUCGCUGGAGGCAGAGAACUUUGAAGGACGCGGGUGGAUUGGUACAAAGUCAUGA